AUGGUUAUGCUUGCGCUGCACGAAAAAAUUUUGAAUAAAUUCAACGCAAGAAAUUCGAAAUAUGUUGUGAAUUAUUCUUUCCUAGAGGAAGAGACUGGAACAGAAUAUGUAUAUUUGAUAUUAGACUUAUGUGAAGAAUCAUUGGAGAGUUUUGUCAAGUCUUCUACUUUACAUGAUCUUCAAAAAGCUCUUCCCGAAAUUCUCAGACAAAUUUUGCAAGGAUUAGUUGAUCUUCAUAGCGGCCCAAAUCCUAUUCUUCAUCGUGAUUUAAAGCCCACCAAUGUUCUUCGAGAUUUACAAGACAACUUUCUGAUAGCUGAUUUUGGCAUUAGUCGAAUAUUGGAUAACGAUUCUACGACAUAUCAAAGCAAGCCUAACACGGGAACUGAGUAUUGGAUUGCUCCUGAAUCAUAUUGUGAAGAUAAAGAUACAGUCGAUAAAGGACGGUACAAGAAAGAGUCUGAUGUAAUGAAUGCAGGAAUGGUAAGUUAUUAUAUUGCAACAAAAGGAAAACACCCGUUUGGAACUAAACGGCAUGGAUUAGACAAUAUGUUAAAUGGAAACCCUGUUGGCUUGGACGAAAUCAAGGAUGAAGCAUUAAAAGACCUUUUGAUGUGGAUGUUAAACCGAGAACCCGAAGACAGGCCAUCAGCUUACGUGGCGUUAAAACAUCCAUUUCUUAUGUCGGAUGACGAGAAAUUUGACUUAUUAUGUAAAGUUGGAAAUCUUCACCAGAUUAAGACAAAUGAUCCCCAAUCAAUUGUUGUUCAACAAUUGAAUAGUGAGUCCUCAGACUGGAAAAGUAAAAUAGACAGUGUUGUUUAUGAUUAUUUUAGAACGGACGUGGUGACUGGAAAGAAUUUUACAUAUGACUCUUCAUGGACAGAAUGUUUAAGACUUAUUCGAAAUAUUAACCAACAUUGGUACGAUCGACCACGACCAAGACCUCAACCAGAACCAUUUUAUAAGAUUGGCAAUCACAAGGCGUAUAUUCUCAAAAAAUUCCCUAAUCUUCCUGUUCGAGUGCAUGCCACUGUGAGGUCCAAUGAAGAAGAAUUGAAAAACAAUCCAGACCUCAAUAACUUUUUUAAUUUCAGUGAAAAGAAACCACAUCAAAAAUAUACAGUUUUAAAACAGUAAAAACAGUUUGCGAAAAGGCAAGUGAACAGGAAAGAUACCGUGUAAAAUAGAAUUUACUCAGAUUGGAGAAGACAAAUAAAUUUUUCACGUAUAUGAUUAUUUUAA